UAAAACCAAAAACACAAAUUAAAAACCGGAAAAGAAAGAAAGAAAAGAAGAAAAGUAAAGCGCUGUUUUGUCAAAUUCUGAUCAACAAAAACAAAAAUACAAACAUACAAACAUACAUCGGAUUUUAUACCAACGUUGUUGUUGUUGUUGUUUUUGUUUGGAUUCCAACGAGAAAAUGUUCGUCUUGAUCUGAUUAAAAAGGCCUCGUGAUUUGUAUCAGAUCCUGAUAAUUUUGCUCGUCUUUCAAACCGGCGAGGUUUGUUGGCCGUGAAUGAUUGGUGAAUGGGGAUUCAGACAAUGACAUCUCAAGGUAACGGCCAACAGUCUCAUUUUCAGCCUGCCCCGUUGGCAAGGCAGAACUCAUGGUAUAGCCUGACUCUAGAUGAAGUUAAUAACCACCUGGGAGACGUGGGAAAACCGCUCGGAAGCAUGGAUCUGCAUGAGCUUCUUCAAAGUUUAUAUACUUCUGAGGCAAAGGAAGUCGCCGGGAGGGAUGUGGAGAAUACUUCUGCAUCAUCGUCACUCCAACGUCAGGCCAGUCUAACAUUAGCUAGAGCUUUGAUUGGAAAGACCGUCGAUGAUGUGUGGAAAGAAAUCCAACAAGGGCAGAAGAAGAGAUACAAUGAGGAUGUGAAGGUUCAAGAUAGAGAGCCCACACUUGGUGAAACGACUUUAGAAGACUUCCUUGUACAAGCAGGGCUUUUUGCCGAAGCUUCUUCAUGUCCUGCAGUGGGAUUAGAUUCCAUUGAUGCAAUGACCCCGACCCCACAGAGUUAUCCUCAUAAAUUUGGGUUGUCAUCCUCCCCUUCAAUCGGUGCAUUAUCAGAUCCAACCACACCAGGGCGGAAAAGAGAUGCAUCAGAUGCAUAUGAGAAGACCGUGGAGAGGAGACUUAGGAGAAAAAUCAAGAACAGGGAAUCAGCUGCGCGUUCACGAGCUAGAAAACAGGCAUACCACAAUGAGUUGGUCAACAAGGUUUCGCGCCUAGAAGAGGAGAACUUAAAGCUCAAGAAAGAGAAGGAAUUUGAGAAUGUGUUCCCAUGCGAAUCCUCUUCCGAACCAAAAUACCAGCUUCGAAGAACAAGUUCGGCAUCUUUUUGACUCGUAACUCGAACCAAUGCGUUUAUGAUAUUGGAUUCAUGGUGAAACUGCUAUGGAAUCUCAUCAUCAAGCUGCUUGUUCAUUCCGCUGCUGAUAUAGUUCUUCCCAUGCACUGCUAGAGUUUGUGUGUUCUGUACAUCUAUGUUUAACUAGGAAUACAUACAGCAGCAAAAGUGCCAUGUUGAUAGGUUUUGGUUCGGUUUUGCUGGAAAAUUAUUUUAGGAAAGACUUGGGUGCAUGGUAUAAGUCGGUGCUUUGUUAAUAUUCUAAUGUGGGUUAGCCAUGAUAGUUCCAUGUUACAAAGUUCCCUGGAUAGUUAAGUUUGUGGCUUCCCAAAUUGAAAGAAAGAAAUCUUGAAUAUUUUUAAGCUUUUAAUUUAAUCAU